UUCCUCAACAGCGCUCUGUUCGAACAGCGAGGCGCUCACGGCGCGGCCGUGCUCCGACGCGUCGGAGAGGUAGAUCAGCGGGCAACGCGACAGCGCCCAGUCUCCGAGCAGCAGCGGCAUCAUGCCCCUGAAGACCACGAGCUCCGCGCGGGCGGUGGGCCACAGAGGAUCGCCCUGCCGGUAAUUCGCCGCGAUGAACUUGCACGUCGCGUUGAACGUCGGCAGGAGGUCGCGGUUGCACAUGGUGCAGUAGGUUAAUGGCCGAGGGCGACCUCCCACACCCAUCCAGGCAGCGCUCUGCAGCCCAGCGCCCAGCUGAGUCCCUGGCGAACCUGCCUGUAGCGCUUGGCGGCGAGCCCGGUGGCAAGGGCGUCGCCGUCCAGCACGCGCCCCAGCGUCUCGCCGCGGCCCGACUGGAUCUCCGUCUCGCGCGCGCAAAAACCAGCAGAAUCGAAGCGCUCCGCGGCGGCGGACAGGCAGAAGGCAACCGCUUCGCGUCCGAAGCCCAACGCGCCCAGGUUGUCCACGUAAGUGCACUGGGCGCCGCGGCUGGCCACAGCGCGGUCGCGGGCCCUCGGUCGCUCACGCGGUGCAGCUGGCUGAGCUCUGGGGUCGAGCAAAUCGCGGCCCCACCGAGCUCCCGGCAGAAAUAAAACGACCAGGCGAAGCCCAUCGGAAGCGCGGCGCAAACUGGCACCGGGCGGCGAUCGGGCGCCACGAGGUGGCCGUCAAGGGUCGAGCCCCCAAGGCCGACCUCGCUCGCCAGGACGCUCCGCAGGCAGGCGAAGCCAGAGAGAGCUCCCCGCCGAUCCG